CCAACACAAACUUAGCAUAACUAGCCAACAACGCAAGCUUGAGAGACCCACAUUUCUCGGGAUUUCAGAUCUAAUACUUGGAUUUCACAUCUGUAGACCUAUCUGUUUGUAAAUUUGUGCCUUUACACCAUGGAAUCAACAUCUAUGAAAGAAACCGAACGCACAUGUGUGCUCUGCUGUCAAGAUAUCGAGAUUUUCGCUCUAGGAAAAUGUGAUCACCCGGUGUGCUACCGUUGCUCCACCAAGAUGAGAGUGCUAUGUGAGCAAAAAUACUGCGCCGUCUGCCGGGAGGAACUUGACAAGGUUAUCUUUGUCAAAAGACUCCAACCUUUUUCAUCACUUCCAACUGAUCAGUUACAGUGUGAGAAGAAGGAUGACAUCUAUUUCAGUGAUGCCAAAAUCUAUGCACAGUACCGGCGAAUUUUGUUAUCAGAGUGUCCACAGUGUCAGGAACCAAAGGUUUUUUCUAAAUUUGAAGAGUUGGAACAACACAUGAGAAAACAGCAUGAACUAUUUUGCUGCAAAAUAUGUGUCAAGCACUUGAAGAUAUUUUCAUAUGAGAAAAAAUGGUACAACCGUAAAGACUUGGCUCGACAUAGAACACAAGGGGACCCAGACGACACAUCUCACAGAGGGCACCCCCUCUGCAAAUUCUGCGACGAACGCUACUUGGAUAACGACGAGCUCCUGAAACAUCUACGGAGAGAUCACUACUUCUGCCAUUUCUGCGACGCAGAUGGAGCACAAGAGUACUACAGCGAUUAUCAGUACCUCAUGGAGCAUUUCCGGGAGAGCCAUUACCUUUGCGAGGAAGGCCGCUGCAGCACGGAGCAGUUCACCCACGCCUUCCGCACCGAGAUCGACUACAAAGCCCACAAGGCUGCUGCCCACAGCAAGAACCGGGCCGAGGCCCGUCAGAACCGACAGAUUGACCUGCAGUUCAGCUACGCCCCGCGUCAGCAGAGGAGGAAUGAAGGUAUGGUCGGGGGUGACGAUUACGACGAGGUGGAGCGUUUCAAUAGGCACGGCCGAGGAGGCAGAGCACGAGCCUCAGGAGCUCAUCAGAACCUGAGGAAGAGCUGGAGAUACAACCGAGAGGAGGAGGAGAGGGACGUGGCGGCGGCGCUUCAGGCUUCGCUGGCCACGCAGGAGGGCCAAGCAGGGCCAGGGCCAACAAGCAGGAGGGGGCAGGAGGAGCGAGGGCCAAGCCGGAGGGGGCAAGAGGAGCGAGGCCCGGGCAGGAGGGGGCAAGAAGAGCGAGGCCCGGGCAGGAGGGCGCUGCUGCAGGAGGAGAGAGCUGCUGCUGCCGCUGCUGCUGCUGAGAAAGGCCCACAGAAGUCCCGAGAGAGGAUGGACCCAGAGGAGAUGAGGAGCGCCAGAGGCACUGCGAAACCGCCCAGCGAAGCGCAAGGUCGAAUGCUGGGAAACAUUGCACCAAUGGGAGAUGACUUUGCUGGUUACCCUGUUAUGAGCAGCUCAAUCAAACCCCCCGCUCCAGUCACUCUGAAGGAGGACGACUUCCCCAGCCUCUCCAGCGCGCAGCAUUCCGCGCCGAUGACGCCCGCCUACAGCGCUCCGCCCCGGAGCAAGUCGUCCUUCCAGGAGGAGGACUUCCCCGCGCUCAUCUCUAAAAUCAAACCCAGGAAGCCGCCGGAAAGCUCCGGGUCGGCAUGGGCCGCGAGCAAGACGGUGGUCCUGCCCAGCAAAACACCCGCCCCUCCCCCCGCCUCCGCCCACGGCUCCUUAAGCGGCCCUCAACCCCUCUUGCCUUCCUCCUCCUCCUCUUCCUCCUCCUCGUCCAAACGGAAGAAGAAGCUCGGCACUAGCGAGGCUCCCAAACCCGCCCCGAAAAUCAAGUCGCCGUGCUCGUCGGACGAGGAGGAUCCCCUCCCUGGCAAGACGGUCAAGGAGAUCCGGGCAGUGCCAACCAUGCUGGACAUCUCCUCGCUCCUGACCGUGAAGGGAGGCCCUGCUCCCCAGCCCAGCGCCACAAAGGCGGGCAAGAAGAAGAAGCCGUCCGGCCCCUCGUCUUCCGGCGCCCCGGGGGCACCGACGGACCUGGGCGGGAUGGCGUCCAGCGCCGCUCACAAAGAGAACGUGCCGCAAAGCAAGCGGCCGGACACCGGCGUCCCCAAAGCCUCUGCACUGAACCCCAACACUCCCGCGGGGAUGCCCAAGUCGAUGCCCAAGUCGAGCGCCGUGAUGAACGGCUACACGGAAAGGGCCGCGAUGCAGAGCAGCGGCUACACCAUGGCCCCUACAGAGCAGCCUCCUGUUGCCAAACCACUGCCAGCGUCAGACUCUCCACCCCUGCCCAUGGAGGAAGAGUUCCCUGCCCUCAUCUCCAAAAAGCCUCCACCUGGUUUCAAAGGCGCAUUCCCCUUGAAGAGUACACAGGCUGCCGCUCCAGCGCCACCGCCAGGGUUGGGGGGUGUAGCAGCCAUGGUCACCAAACCGCCCCCUGGAUUUACAGGUGUUCCUCUCAACAGUAAUGUUGUGGAUCCUCCUGUUACUGCUGCCAAUCGACCAACACAGUCUCUUGGGACCUACCUCAAACCUGACAAUUUCGUAAAGAGAAACAUGGACCUGAUUCAGUCAAUCAAAAACUACCUUCAGAACGAUGAGUCUAAGUUCAACGAGUUUAAGAAUUACUCUGGACAAUUCCGACAGGGUGUGAUCUCAGCGGCCCAGUACCACCGGAGCUGCCAGGAGCUGCUGGGCGACAACUUCAACAGAGUCUUCAACGAGCUGCUGGUGCUGCUGCCGGACCUGCAAAAGCAGCAGGAGCUUCUCACUGCCCACGGGGACUUCAAGGCCCUGGAGAAGCAGCAGGGUGGUGGUGGUGGUGGUGGUGGUGGUGGUGGUGGGGCAGCCAAGGCCAAGAAGAACAAGAAGAAGACGGCCUGGCAGACCAGCUCGCCCAGCCUGGGCCCCGAGCUGGACUGCCAGGUGUGCCCCACUUGUAGGCAGGUGCUUUCCCCGAAGGACUUCAACUCCCACAAGACCUUGCACAUGGGGGGCGAGGAGGACUUCCCCUCUUUGCAGGCUAUCAGUAAGAUCAUCAGCUAAUAAAUAAAGCCCCUUUUUUGCCUGCGCUCACGUGCACAGCCACACAGCUACAGCCACAGCCAGCUCUGUCUGCUAGUUCAGAUGACCCAGAGCAUCUCCAGAGUGUUUUAUUAAAAGGCUUGAGGAGAGUGAUUGAGUGCUUCUACCAGUGAGGGUGUGAUCUUGAUGUAAGAAUGAAUGGGGAAUGUGAUACGCCUGUGUUGGAUUCUGGGAAAUGUAGGCCCUAUGUUACAGAAAGGAGAUAACCUGACUAGUCCAGGGGUCCUUCAUUUCCCUUUCCAGACAAGCAGGACUAACACGUUUUUUUUGUUAUUUAAGCAAAAUAAGUCAUCUUUACUUGAACAUUUUUGAAAAGCUAAAGCAAGUAAUCUUUUUUCUAAAACCCACAUGGUAUAAUCCAUGCUAAUCUUGCUGUUCAUCAGGGGGGCCGUGUUUUAAACAGGUGAGUUUGUCACCCAAUUGUUAUUAAGUUCAAAUGAAAAAGGUGGCAAAAUUAGCAAGUUGUUAAUUUCAGCCGAAGUCUUUUCGAUUUGCCUGUAUUGAUUUCUUUUCUAAAUAUGUUGAAUUUUUGAAAGAAUUUUAUCAAGUUUGCCUUUUGGGAAAACUAAAGUAUUUAUUUAAGCAUUUUCCCCACCUGAACACGAGCAUCCCUCACAACUCACCCAAUACAUUAAUUGGAGAAAAAAAAAGUGAUGAGGUUAAUGUCAUGUGAACAAAAAUGCAAACAAUUAAAAGGCAUACAACAUGAA